GUGACAGCCAAAGUGGCAAUCAUGAAGGCUCUGCUGGUGAUCUGUGCGCUGGCCGCAGUUGCAUGCUCAGCUCCAUCUAGGACAUUCACAAAUCGCAAUCUGCGCUCCGCAAACGUGGGUAGCAAAGCCGCUCGCCCCCAAUCUACAUCCCAAGACCACUAUUCCAUCAAGCCCUAUGACUUCCAAGAGGCUUUCCUGGGCCCCUCCGUCCACAAACUUUUCAGCGACGCCAACCUUGACCGCAGCGAAGUGGUGGUGCUCGUGGGAAGCGCACUGGCGGAGCUAAUGAAGGCAUCCUUGGACAAGACCUAUGGUUCUGGAAUGCAGGAGUUCAAAGACGUCAGCCUGGCCAUGGUGUCCGCCGCUCGUCACGUGCUGGAGACACGUGUUGCCAAUGGAAUUCACGUUUCUCAGGAACAGUUCGAAAAUCUGAGACGCGUCGAGGAGCGACUGCCUGCUAUCAUGGAUACAAUUGCUGCCACCUUCGACCAAAAUGAAAAUGCUGUGUAUUCUCUCCCAAACUUCUUCAAGACGUUCCAAUUUACUCCCGAGGAGAGGUCUAAGUUGCUGGCAAGGAUCGUGCCCGGCAUGAGCAAGACAAUCUUCCAAGCCACGGAGGGUUCCACUGCAGAGUAUUUCAGUAACACAUUCAACAUCUUUCUACCGGCCAUCCGGAAGUUUAUGGAGGAACGUGCAGCCAACGGCAAGACUGUAACCCAGGAGCAAAUGGCAAUGCUGGAAAGAGCCGAGAGACUUAUGCCAGCUCUCAAUCAAGCCUUCGUGACCGUCGUUCAUGACCAGUUCCUUGUGGACUUCAUGAAGAGGCUUCAGCUUGAUCUUAUGGAAAGAUCGAAGUAUCUUGUUAGUGGUUUCUUUGCUUCCAUGGAUGCUAUCUUCAAGGACACCAACGCCUCUGUAGCUCAGAUGAUGCGUGACGUCACCCUCGCCUACCUUCCUCCCACUCGUCAGGUCUUCGAGGACCGCCGUGCUGCAGGAAAACCCGUCACUCAAGAAAACUUUGACAACCUGGAAAGAAUGGAGAAGACUCUGCCCAUCAUCCUAGACGCCUACGUCAAGGUGAUCGACGACCUUGGCAUCCCUUAAGUUACUUGCUGCAUCAUUCAUGACUUACUCACGAUUGAGUUACGUAUUUCUAAAAGCUGAUAAUAAUCCUUUUACUUUCUAGCUGCAAAAUUUGCUUUUCUGCAUACUAAAAACUGUGUUAACUUUUAGACAAGAGUAAACAUAAUGGUGGUGGAAUUUUCGCUUAAGAAUUUAUAGUUGUCACAAAGUAUUGCGCGAUAUUUCAAAUAAAGUUGCAUUGUGAAA